AUUACUAUUUUGAACGGAAAGAUGAGAUAUAUUCCUCCACUUGCUCUGUUAAUAUCGGUGUAUUUGAUCGUCACAUUGCUUUGCGAUAUCUACAAUUGUCAAGGCAUCUGUCAACAACGUGAAUUAGCGAAAUAUGAAAAAGUAAUUUUCGUCAACGCUACAUACAAAUAUACUCAUUAUUACAAUUACUCACAGAGAAUACGUACUAAACAGUCAAAUCCAGUUGUUAAUGGCACGUUUGAAACAUUUAAUACCAGACAGGUCGUUCAGCUAAAAUUCCCGUUUAAAUAUUACGAAACAAACUUCUCAAUAUACUUGAUCCAAACAACUGGUUCAGUGUUAUUCGUGAGUGAUAUACCCGGACUGAUAAAUCACAUUAUGCCAGGCAAUUUUCUUCCUCAAUUUGAGAUGCUACAUAACAAUGAAUCAAUUGCUGUGAAAUGGUAUUUUCGGACACAUGUUAAUGAUACAUGUAAGCGAACGUUGAAUGAUUAUUUUAUGGAAUGUAAAAUCUUAGCACUCAUUGUGAUUGCUCACAAUUUACCUGUUCAGUUUGUGCAAUUCGUGUUUUCACAGUGGCUAGCAAAUGUAUGAAUAUGUAGCGCUUCUGGAAAGUGGAGACGGAAUUAUGCGUGUAGUCCACCAAUCAUUUAAACACUUUUAUUUGAACUUGAACAAUAGUUGACAUAGACUGAAAUGGACUAGACUUGACGAUUAAUUAAUGGACGAAUGAAGAUACAAUGUCACUCCACUUGCGUAAAACACAAAUGCACACAUUCAUCAUCGCUGACAAGCUUCAAUGGAACUUGAUGUGAAUUCCGUUUAAGUUAACAGCACGCUUCACACCUUCAGUAAUCACAUGGUAAUCAAAUCAGGACAUCUUUAAGACGGUAUCUCGGAAGCUAUUCAGUUCACAUGUUUAACAAAUACAUUUGUGUCCUUUAUAAUCACUAUGGUCAGUGUCGAUCGAUCGAUUUAUUGAUCAAUGUGUUUCUCAAGUUUCAAUUGUAAGCAAACACUCCACAACACAUGUCAUGUAGUUUAAGAGCGGAUUGUUUUGGGUGUGAUUAGAGAAAACACCGCUCAAAUAGAACUACCUGUUGGGUUUGGAAGACGAAGCACCUGACAGUAAUUUUGAAGGAAUUAUAUUCACUUCAUCGACAUGACGUUCACUUGAUAAUAUUUGUUUUGUAUUGACCGAGGAAAACAUUCGUGAUAACACAAUAGGUGAUCACUCAAUCUGAUCUUUGAUAUAACAAGCAAGGUCACUAAUCUGAUACAUCGGAAUGGGAAGAUAUCUAUCUAUUAUGAGAACGUAAGUUGAACAAUUGAAUGGAAAUAAACUUUUAUUUCACGUACUAUAGAUUAUUCUACUCAUUCCUGCAUAGCAAUACGCUUGAAUAUAUUAAGACAUAUUUAACACGGUGUAAAGGGAUCAUCACAUUGAAAUGUGCAAACAGAGUGAAUGACACUUUUAUAGUUUUUUUAGUGACACACAUUUUCUUCACCUACUUCCUAAAAAAGUGAAUCAUUGGAAGUGAAGUACCAUCAAACUAAACGAUGAUGUCGUCGAGGCGAAUAGGAACAAACAGUGUAUAUGAGAUUAUCGUACGGAAACAGUCAUCUUCAGUCAAACUCUAUUUCGUCUUCUAAAUAUAAGAUGUUCGAAAAUUACACUGUUGAAUAUUAUGAGUGACUUUGUGUUUAAACUGUUGAUUAGUUCAUAGUGUGUAUAUUUUGCGAGGAUCAGUGUUCGAUAUUUCCAAAACGUCUUUUCAGAUUCCUACGGAAAUCGAGGAUAGGCAGCUGUACACAAAGAUUCAAUAUAUAGAUGCUUGUUCAGAUUCACUUGAAAGUAACAAUUUUUGCUAGUAUUUUGAUGCACAUUAUUCUCUAUCAACACAGUUUGUUUCAUGUUAUCUUGCUUUCUAUUUGUUCUCAGUCAUGAACAUGUCAAUAUAGUGACUUGUUAUUUUCUGUCAAAGUGAUCUUAUAUAAUUGUAAUUAAGUCUAUAUGGAUUCGAAUGUGAGACAAAUUGGUCGAAGUGCCAUUGAAAUCAGAAUGCUUUUCGUAAACGCACUACCUAGACAUUACUGUAUACUGAAUAUCCAACGUCAAUUAUAUGUUUACACUUCAUGAACGGACAUUUUGUUGUCACAUUCAAUAAAGAAUCACGGUGAAGAGUAAUCAAGAAAAUGUCGAGUAUUCUUCGAACAAUAUUUCACUGCAAUUGACUGUAUCGAGAUCAAAUUAUCUUUGUAUUCAAUCCAACAACCGUCAUAUUUGUUACCGUUGUGAAAUAAAGUUGAGUUAUUGUGGUGAAUUCGCAGUAAUUUAGUUCCAAUUGUCUUUGAUAAAUGGCAACGAAAAGGAAUCUGAAGAGGCAUAUUUGCUGACGUUUGCUUAACCUGAUAUUUCUAGAGUUACUAUCAAGAUGUGUGAAUGUCAUUAUCACGAAAUUGUGGACGUACAAUGGGGAACACUCACACAUACGUUCAACGAUGGACUGAUCCUGACAAGUGUAUAUGACUGAUAAUAUUCGACAGACUAUAUAUGCACUCGUGUAUUCACUCAAGUGUAUUCACCCACUAAACAACGAGUGUGUCACGAGUUAUACACAUGUUUUGAAGAUGUUGCGCUGAUACUAUUGCAAACUAAAUCAGAAAAUUAACGACAUCAUUUUUCGAUUGCUGGUUGAACACCGGUCAUAUUUGAAACCAGUAUUUGUGUGAAGCAUAUUUUCUUAGGAUGCUGCAUUAACGUCACUGUAUCCGUAAUCAGAAAAAUUCAUUUUAACAUUUGUCACUCAUGAAAUGAUGUAAACGAAUAGUUGUUCAUAUAAAAGUAAAUCAAAUGUGUCUUUUUUUAUUCAAUUAGUUAAAUAUGUAGAAUUAACUGAGAUAAGUGUCCCCAGUAAAUGGAUCAAAAGUGACACGCUAGUGGAGAUUGAACCAAUCGAGAGUAUGUUAAACCUUGUUUAUUCAGCACUUUUUAUCUACACACUUGAAUAGAUGACAUCUUUUUCAUCAAAUUUGAAAUGUCAUGUGUAAUUUUAAUUGGCUAUUUGAUGAUAUUCUGUCAUGAUUCUCAAUGACUUUACACUUAUCAUUAAUAAUUACAAGUCAAUUUGCUGUUGGAUGUUGAAAUGACUAAGGAAUUACUUCGAACUACUAUAAGAGUCUUCAUUUUGAUGAAAUGUACUGUGAAACUUCGCCACAAAACGAUGGAUGAGAUGAUAUAGGCCUCGAAAAUGUUAAACAUCAGCUGGUAUAUAGCGUGUUGACAAGAAUGUUCCCUUCGUUUUUGCAAUAUUGCAUUGCUCUGAGAUAUUGAAAUGGCGAAUGCAAUCCACGUAAAUGUGAUUACCUUAAAAAUUGUAGUAUAAUUUCUGAUAUCUUUGCUGUUCCAUACUUGUUCGAAAAGCUGAAAGUGUAGACAGGUCACGCGUACAAAUCGCAAUUCAUGGUAGUCAAUAUACAUGUAAAGCAUCAACAUUGCUGAUAGUUUUCACGGUGUGAGUAUGUUUCAUUCCUUCUGGAGUUUUAUAUUGAGCGGCUACAAACACUUCUCAGUUCAUCAUGUGUUAGACUAUUAAAGUAGCGUUUCGAAUACUGAGAGAGUCACUCCACAAUCUGUUGUUCAGAUCACCCUCAGCAUUCGUCAAAUAAAAUGUCACAAAUUGUCGAUAUAUUUUCAUCAUUCCAACUUUUCGGACAUUGAACAGGUGUGAUAAGAAUGUCCUAGUGAAAGUAGGAGCAGAUACCCAACUCAGAAAGCACCAUAUUGCCACGGAGUUUAAGUUACACAGUUUGCUAUUCACUUAUCUCUUGUUUGAUAACUUGAAAUGCAGUCACACUAUUUUAUCCACAGGUAGUUGUUCAAAGCAUAGUUCGACUGACGAAUGCCAAAAUGCCACAACAUCAAAUAUGAGGUGUAUUUGGUGUGAAACAGCUAAUAUGUGCAUUAUUAGCAAUGAUGAAGAUACUCAUGAAUUGAAAGUAGAUGAUUGCCGUAUAAAAAACACGACCGUACACACACACGUGACUGAACACAACAAACACAAUAACACACUUCAUUACCUGUAUAUUGGGAUACCGAUUGUCGUCUCAUUCUGUGUUUUAUGUAUUGGAUGUUUUGUUGGUCGGUGGUUGUAUAAGAGGAGGAACAGUAAUUCAUGAUUCUCAGAAAGUUCAUAUCACUUGUUUUUAUUAAUUUGACCGAGUUGUUUUCAUUUUGUAAUUCAUCCGAUCACUUCACAUUAUGUUGUCCGUUUCAAUUUGCUGAACGCUUUUCUUUAUGCAACUUUGAAUCAGUUUUAUGAUUGUUAACAUGAUAACUGAUGUACUUUUGUUGAUAAAAUAGUGAUAGUAAUUUUUAACAUUUACGUGGUUGUUUAAUUUAAUAAAACUUG